AAAUUCAUAUUACUCCGAAGAACAUUUUAGACUUUUGUAAAAAAAAAUGAAUCGGCUCAUAGCUUUUUUGUUAAUUAUUGCUUUGUCUUUUGGAUUAAAUAAAGCUUGCGAAGAUUGCACAAUAGUAUUUCGAAACAACCUCAGUCCUGGUAUUAUUCUCAAAGUCAACUGCGAAUCGAACAACAAAAACCGAGUCACAGGCACAGUGAAAUUCCAAAGUGAUACAGUUCGAAUUAAUUUCCGCGAGGCUGCAUUUGAAAGAACAACAUGGCAUUGCUUAGUGCAACAAGGGGGGUAUUCUCAACACUUUAGAGCGUACAGAGGAAGUGCUCCAAUUCCUCGAUGUGGUGAGUUACGUGUAUAUAUUGCAAAACGUGAUGGGAUUUAUUUAUCCGCAAAUGCUGGUCCAGAAAAGCUCGAUCAACGUUGGAUGAAAAACUAAUGUUUUUUCUUUUCCUUAAUGCUAAUUUAUGUCUAUGAAGCUCAAGUUUUCUUGCAUUUUGGUGCUUAAUUGGUAAUUAGGAAUUUAUGUAAAUGUGAAGACCUUUUUAAAAAAAAUAAAGAUAUGUAUUUUAAUAGAAAUCAGAAAGAUCAGAUGA